AUGACACACAUCAAGAUCCAAAUCAUCUCCGACAGCGUCUGUCCCUGGUGCUAUGUUGGCUACCGACGCCUCUCACGCGCAAUCAACACCCACAAAGCCAGCAAUCCCUUGGACACAUUUACGCUAACCUGGCGCGCCUUCUAUCUCAACCCAAAAUCACCCACAUUCCCCGGCAUAAACAAGGAAGAGAUGUACGCCGAGAAAUUCGGAGUCGAGCGGAGCAAGGCUAUGUUUGCCCGGCUAUCUGCUGCGGGCGAGGUUGAUGGGAUUGCGUUCAAGUUUGGUGGAAAUACGGGCUCGACUCGGGAUUCGCAUCGGGUUAUUUGGUAUGCAGGUGAAGAGGAGGCUAAAGGUACUGUCACAGCUGCCGGGACGGGUGUCGGGGGAUUGCAGACUCGGGUUGUGGAGAAUCUAUUCCGGGCGUAUUUCGAGGAGGAGAAGAAUAUUACGGAUUCGAAGGUUUUGGUUGAGGCGGCGGUCCAGGCUGGGUUGGAUGGUGGGGAAGUGACUAAGUUGCUUGAAUCUGGGGUCGGGGCGGAGCAGGUUGAUGCGGAGGCAUUUACGGCGUCGAGGAGGUUGGUCUCUGGGGUUCCGCAUUUUACAGUACAAGGGAAGUAUUUGGUUGAAGGAGCUGAUGAGCCAGAGACAUUCUUAGAGGUUUUUGAGCGGGUCAAGUUGGAUGAGUAA